GAGGGGAAAGGCCCCAUGUCCCUUGGGGAUGCUCCAUCUCCUACAUUUCAUGCCCUGGCUGCACCCUCUACCUUUCCUGCCCCCCCUUCUCCCCAGGUAAGUGGCGACAGGUAUGAGGGGAAGGUGCGGGCCUUCGAGGUGCUGGCGAGGGGAGCAGCGCAGGAGCCCGAGGGCUGGCGGCGUGGCGUGGCCGGGGUCCGGGAUGCCGUCAGCGAGGAGAAGCAGAAGGUGAAGGAAGAUAGGCGGAAGAAGCUUGAGACACUCGACAACUCCCGGGUGCGGCUGGAGAGUCUCCAAGACCUGGAGGCGAUCGUGAGGCUGCGGAAGCAGAAGAGGAGCCAGAAGAGGGUCCGCCCCAAGGAGCCCGAGCCCGAGCCGGCUGUGCCGGCCGAGCCUGUGGACGCUGCCCGGUUCCUGCAGGCGGUGCUGGAGAAUCAGGUUCCCAUGAUUGACAGGUACCUGGCCGACGGUGGGGACCCCGAUGUUCACGACCAGUUCAGGUGCACGGCGCUGCACUGGGCCUGCCUCCGGGGCCAUGCAGAGAUUGUGGACAAGCUGCUGGCGGCUGGAGCCCGGCUGGAGCCCAGGGACAUGCUGGAGGCCACGCCCGUGCUCUGGGCCUGCCGCGGGGGGCACCUGGACGUUCUCCAACGCCUGCUGGACAGAGGAGCCAAGAUCUCCACGCGGGACAAGCUGAGGAGCACGGCGCUGCACGUGGCCGUCCGGACGGGGCACUGUGACUGCGUCGAGCACUUGAUCGCCUGUGGGGCCGAGAUUGACGCACAGGACAAGGAGGGGGACACGCCCAUUCAUGAUGCCAUCCGGCUGGGCCGCUUCAAGGCUGUGAAGACCCUGCUGAUGUAUGGUGCCAACCUCAGCGUCCGGAACCAGGAGGCCUUGCGACCCGUGGACCUGGUGAAGGACUGGCAAAGGGGCAUCCGGCAAACCUUGCAGGCGUGUGCCGACCGGCAGCGCCCCCCUCGGCCACACUGACGCAGCAGGACCAGCGUUCAAUCCCCUCCCCCACCAGUGACUACUGCGGGGUCUGGGUGCCACCCUGGUGCCCUCUGCAGGCUGUGCUCAUCCCUACAUGGCUUCCCUACCCGGCCAGGGGAUCGGCCACCUGUCCUGGGGGAGGCUUGCGGGGGUUGGGGGUGGUGAAGUUUGACCCUGACACUCACCUAUUCCUGGUUGUAUGGGAAUGUUUCCCUUUCCCUGGAGCUGCCCCUUGGCCAGGUGAGGCCCUUGCCGUCCCUUGGGGAAACUGAGGCAUGAGGGGCUAAGACUUGCCCAUGGCCACACAGCUGGUUAGUGGGAGAGCUGGAGAUGCACCCAGGAGUCCUGCUAUUUCACCCAGCCCCACUCCAACCACUAGGAGGCACCAUCUCCCCAUGGCCCACACCACAAGGAGAGGAACUGCCCCAGGGUCUGAGCAGACCCCCUUCUCCUUCUGGGGAAGCGAGCCCUGCGGCCUUCCUGAGGCCGUGCUGGAGGGAACACUGCUCUCCCCUAGAGGCAGGCACCUGCUGCACCCCAGGGUGAGCCCCUGAGUGCAGGGAGAGGUUGAGCCAGCCCUGGGGGUAGAACAUGGUGCAGUGAGACGGGGCAGCAGGGCAGGGCCUAAACCAGCACAGCUUCCUUGCUGAUGGAGGCAGGUGGCUUUCCUGGCCUGGCCUUGGCCAUCUCAGUCAGCUUGUGCCCUGGGCCAACUUCUGGCCAUGGCUGCCCCCUAAGGGUGUGCAGGCCUGGCCCCCAACCCCCUGGGGGGCAGGGCCUGGUGCCUGAGGGGCUCCUGCUGCUGCUCCCCCCAGCCCCUCGCCUCUGCCCAUGGCCAAGGGGGCAGCUGCACCCAGCCUCCUGUAGCGGUGAGGGCAGCCCCUGCCUUACCCUUGGCCCCCAGCAGCCUGGCUGUGCGAGCCCCCAGCCACGUGUGUCCCCUGGGCUCAGGCUCCACACAGUGGCUAACAGCUGGGGGGAGAGCCUGGACCAUCUCCCUCACAGCCUGGCACAGGACAGGGACAGGCACGGCCCCCUCUGUUCCCCCAGCUCCCAGGAGCGCUGCUGGCUCGGAAAGAGCCGAGCUGGUUGAGAUGCCUGUGGGGGAUAUGGAGGCUGGAGCCCAAGGAACACGGGACCCAGUUAGCCUGGAGCCAGCCAGUACCCACCAGCAGCACCGAGUCUGCCCUGACCCCAGCCUGCCCAGCAUGGGCCUGGCCCUUCCCCAAGCCCUAGGGGGAAAGUGCCCAGGCUGAGCGGGAGAUGGUCCUGCUUCUCCGCUGCUGGCCUUGGGUGAGUCCUGGCCCCUGCCUCAGUUUCCCUAUGUAAAAUGAGGCUAACAAUGAAUGGAGCCAGCUUCUGGGAACCCCAGGUUCAUGCCCAGCUCGUUGGGCAGCUCUCGGUGCCGCAGGCUGCCCCCUCAGCACUGCAGGUCAGGCUGAGACCACCAGGAAGCUGCUGUGGCUGGAGCAUGGCCCCUGUGCCCCCUCUUACACACGCUGGCACGGGCAGCACUUCUCCCCCACCAGAACUGGUACCCGGGUGCUAAUGGAGCUGGAUGGACU